CGUUCUCCCUUACAUGCUAUAUUGCUACGGAUAGGACUCUGGAACGUCCGGGAACAAGGGAUAAGAGACAGCAGCCAGGCGAAGGAUGGAGAAGUACUUCGGAAAUGCUUAUCGAGGCGACCCGGGCGUGCCGCACGCCGAAGCGGAAAGAUUCGUCAACAUUUGGAUCGGCUCUGCUGCGUUCAGUGUUAUCACCUAUUUUAAUCCCUAUAUAUGGCAACUCUCGAAUCAGUUCAAUUGGCACGACAAAGCAAUGCUAUUUGAGCAGUAUCACUGGAAACAAGCAAGGAAAAAGAACCAGCCGUAUAAAUUCAAGUGGAACCAGUACAUGAAUAAGAGGCUUCGAAAUUCAUACUACUUUAAUUGGCCCCUCUAUUUCCCUUAGGUCUUGUUCUUUUUGGUUGCAUAGUUGCUGACAUUGUACCGUGAUCUUUUUGGUUGUUAUGCUGGAGCACAAUGAUACUUCUGUUGAAAGAUGAAACUUAUUGUUCUCUUGUUCUGAAUGCGAUUUCGACUAGAAUGUCUUGGUUUU